AUGGGUAAUACUUCUACGAUUGAAGUUGGCUCGAAUAUACCAUCGAAUACUAUUCUUGGAACAAUGACAAGAUUUGAGUCGAAAACAAUAACAACAACAACACAAAAGCAAUAUGAACGUAUUAUCCUAGGCACACCGGCUAGACAAAUACCAUUUCAGUUUAAGUCAACGUUAAUAGAUACUACAAUUUCAUACAAUAAAUCACACACUUCAAAAUUAAAUAAAAUACUAUUAAUUUUGUCAAAAUAUUGUUAG